AUGAGCAUGUUGGCGCUCGACGAGGCGAAGAAGAUCGUCCCUCCGCCUCCAACAGGCGCGCCGUACUCGAUCUCCGUGCCUGGUAGUCAAAAGCUAGGUCGCAGCCCGGUGUACAGGCACUGGAGGCAAAAGGAUGAGGUGCUUUACACCCUGGACCCGGCCAUCACUACUGCGCACGAGUUCUUCGAGCAGUCGGCGAACAGAUUGCCCAACAACAGGUGUUUAGGUCACAGGCCUUAUGAUCCAAAGACUAAGACUUGGGCCAACUAUGUGUGGGAGACUUACAGCCAGAUCCAGAAGAGGAGGGCCAACUUUGGUGUGGGUCUUGUAGCGGUGCACGAGCAGAUGGGGGUGCAUGGCAGACAGUACGGUGUUGGCAUUUGGUGCCAGAACCGACCUGAGUGGCAGAUUACCGAUUUGGCCUGCCAGUCACAGUCGCUGUACAGCGUCUCGCUCUACGACACGCUCGGUCCUGAUGCGGUGGAGUACAUCAUCAACCACGCGCAGUUGACCUCCGUCUGCUGCUCGGUAUCACACAUUCCGGCAUUGCUGAAGCUUGCGCCGAGAUGUCCCUCGUUGAAGAUCAUCGUCUCGCUGGACCCGAUUGCGAUCGAUGGCGAGCUUCCGGGAACGUCGAAGAAGGACCUGCUCAACGAGCUCGCUGCGCAGCAUGGUGUGACGAUCCACGAGAUGCGCACUGUCGAGGCGAUCGGCGAGUCCUCUCCACGCCCCUACCACCCACCCAGGCCCGAAGACACUGUCACGAUCAACUACACUUCUGGAACCACCGGCAACCCCAAGGGCGUGAUCCUGACGCACUACAACGCAGUAGCAGCAGCGUCGGCUUCACUCUGCAUCUGCCGUCAAACGAACAACGACACGAUCUGCUCCUACCUCCCACUCGCCCACAUCUUCCAGCGCGUGACAGAACACUCCUCCCUCUGGGCAGGCUGCGCAAUCGGCUACUUCCACGGUAACAUCCUCGAGCUCGUAGACGACUUCAAGCUCCUGCGACCCACCGCUUUCACCUCUGUCCCCAGACUCUUCAACCGAUUCGGCGGCGCGAUCAAGACGCAGACCAUUGAGGCUCCAGGUCUAAGAGGUGCAAUGUCAAGGAGAAUUGUGGAUACCAAGAUGGCGAACUUGACACAAGCGCCAGCCGGCAAGGCUACGAACAAACACUUCCUGUACGACCGCAUCUGGGCGAAGAAGGUCGCCGGUGCUCUCGGUCUCGAUCGCGCUCGAACGAUGAUUUCCGGUUCCGCACCAAUCGACCCAAGCCUCCAGCAAUUCCUCCGCGUCGUCUUCGCCAACAACUUCUUCCAAGGCUACGGUCUAACCGAAACCUACGCCAUCGCCCUCGCCCAGCUCGAAGGCGACUUCAGCGCUGGCAACUGCGGUGCCGCCGCCCCAACUACCGAGCUCUGCCUCAUGGACGUGCCAGAUAUGGAGUACCUCUCCAGCGACAAGCCACACCCUCGCGGAGAGCUCCUCAUCCGAGGUCCCACAGUCUUCAAAGAGUACUACAAGAACGACGCCGAGACGAAGAAAGCCUUCACCGAGGACGGAUGGUUCCGCACCGGCGAUAUCUGCACCGUUGACGAACUGGGCCGCUUUAAAAUCGUGGAUCGCGUCAAGAAUGUUCUCAAGCUGGCGCAGGGCGAGUACAUUUCUCCCGAGCGGAUCGAGAAUGUAUACCUGGGCAACCUGCCGUACUUGGCUCAAGGGUAUGUCCACGGUGAUAGUACGCAGGCGAAUCUCGUCGCCAUCUUCGGCGUGCAGCCCGACAUCUUCGCUGGUUUCCUCGAGAAGGUUAUCGGUAAGAAAGUCGAUCCCACCGACCUCAAGGCCAUCGAGGCUGCGGCGAGGGAGAGCAAGGUCCAGAAGGCGGUGCUGAGGGAGUUGGGUAAGGUGGGCAAGAAGGCGAAGUUCAAUAGUUAUGAGAACGUCCGGGCUGUGAGGUUGAUGUUGGAGCCGUUUAGCAUUGAGAAUGAGUUGCUCACUCCAACGCUCAAGCUAAAGCGCCCGCAGGCUGCGAAGAAGUAUCGACAGGUGAUUGACGAGAUGUAUAGGGAGGUUGAGGCGGAGAGUUCGGUCAAGGCGAGGCUUUAG